GGCGACUCGCCCGAGAGAUCCCGGAUCGGGACGCCGCAGACGUCAUACGCCAAUCCGACAUCGACGAACGAUCGUUUUGCCUACGCGUCGAUCUCGGAACGUCGCUCGCGGUAGCCCGCCAACGUGUGCUCGAUCUUCCUCUCGCGGUACCAAAGCACUUUCUUCUCACCUCGCGUUCGGCGCCGCGUGAUUUUUAAAUUUCUUCGGGCUCGCUCGAGUACGCCGCAUUCCGCUGAUACCGGUGGUGAUUGUUGGAUUGGAGAACCCAGAGGGUCGGACGAUCAAGGGACUUGGUGAUAGAUCGAAAGGGUUCGAAAGUCAGUGAUCGCCGAACAAGUGACUUACGUUUUACGGUGCAUAACACGACACGUAGCAACCUCGAAGUACCAUAUGUUUUAGUGCACCUGACAUCGGCCUGACAACGAAUGAUCGAGGAGGCACAAUGAACGGAACAGCGACAGUCACGGCCACCGAGGACCACCAGCAUCAGCAUCAACAAGCGCAAAAUGAAUCGACUUCGGACCAUCCACGGAGCCCCGCCAGCCCACUGAGCGUUAGACACGACUCCGGCGAGAGCAGCGUCAUUUCCCCGGGUCUACCGGAGCGUUACAGUCCUCUGGGUGCGACGGGUUCCACGUCCAGCCACGAUCCUUACGCCUCCCGGUCGGUCCAGGAAUGUCCGGUACCCCUUUGUAGAGGAAUGCCGACGGACUUUCCUCUGGCUCGCUCGCCAUAUCUGACCGCGCUCGGAAACGGUCACCCGCACUUGCUCGGUCAGGUGCAGCAUCAGCAGCAGCAACAGCAGCAGCAACAGCCGCAGCAGCCGCAGCAUGGUAGUAAACCGCCCCGUAGCCUCGGACUGAUAUGCGUGGUCUGCGGCGACACCAGCUCCGGCAAACAUUACGGAAUACUUGCCUGCAACGGCUGCAGUGGCUUUUUCAAGAGGAGCGUUCGACGAAAGCUGAUAUACAGAUGUCAAGCUGGUACCGGAAGAUGCGUUGUAGACAAGGCACAUCGAAAUCAGUGCCAGGCUUGUCGUCUGAAGAAAUGUAUGCAAAUGGGAAUGAAUAAAGAUGCUGUUCAGAAUGAACGACAGCCAAGGAACACUGCCACCAUCAGACCGGAAGCACUUGUUGAAAUGGACCAAGAACGAGCGCUGCGCGAAGCCGCCGUCGCCGUAGGCGUCUUCGGGCCACCGGUGUCUUUAGCCAUGGCGAGAUAUACCACGCCACUACCUCUGCCUACAGUCGCACCGACGACAAAUUCCACGAACAACGCGGCAACGCCACCUCGGCAGGACAACGAGGAUGGAAACGCAUCCGAGGAUAGCAUAGAUGUAACGAACGAGGAGCCGCUGACGCCUCAGCGAAGCGGAUGCACGCAGCUUCCACCGGUGCUGCCGUCGUUAUAUUCACCAGCGAGUGCCGAAACGGUUUACGAGACCAGUGCGAGAUUACUCUUUAUGGCAGUCAAAUGGGCGAAGAAUCUUCCCUCCUUCGCUGGUCUGCCAUUCAGAGAUCAGGUAAUAUUGUUGGAAGAAGUUUGGUCGGAGCUAUUCCUAUUAAACGCUGUUCAAUGGUGUCUGCCGCUCGAAUCUUCGCCUCUCUUCAGCGCCGCCGAGCUAACCGCUUUGACCCUCUCGCCUCAUACGCAUCCGCACUCGGGGCUGCAUCUGCAAACCACUACGGGAAAGCCCAGCCAAGUGGCAGCGGACGUCAGACACUUGCAUGACACCCUGCAGAGAUACAAGGCGGUCAUGGUUGAUCCUGCGGAAUUCGCCUGCAUGAAGGCCAUCGUUCUCUUCCGCCCAGAAACUCGCGGUUUAAAGGACUCGAGCCAGAUCGAGAAUUUACAAGAUCAAGCGCAGUUAAUGCUCGGACAUCACGCGCGUGCUCAACAACCGAACAGUCCAGCCCGCUUUGGCAGGUUGCUGUUGCUGCUGCCAUUACUGCGGACAGUUCCAGCUGCAAGAGUGGAACUGAUCUACUUCCACAGGACCAUCGGCAACACGCCGAUGGAGAAGGUCCUUUGUGACAUGUACAAAAACUAAAAUCAUCUUAAAUACCAAACAACUUCGCUACGAGCGCUGCACAAUAAAACGCAAAUACCACAUGAUCCGCGGGAUUUGGCGCUAGAAUAAAGAUGGGAUUCAUGAAAGGCCAAAUCAAUUACCGAAGGAAGCCAGUAAAGACUAGCGGGCAAGGCUUUCCUAAAUGAAAGAACAAACAAAACGCGCGAACUUCGUUCCGACACGAUCAGGCCUAAGGACUAAGUCCUAAGUCCCUCUAUGAUGAUCGUAAGAAUUCCGAUUGGCGAGUAUGUCUAUCGUACAAACGCGAAGCACUGAAAGAAUAGCAUCGCUAACGAACAAAACGGCAACUAAAGUCGACCGAGGGGCACUCAAUCGCGGCGUAAAUAUAUACACAUAGAUAUAUACAUGUAUUUAUUUAUUAUAGACAUUUAUCGGGCGUUAGGCUCGGCACGUUGAUAGCACAUUUUCCGUUUUUCGUAGAACGCCAAUGAAUUAAUCCGAAAUGACGUUUUAUUUUUCCUCCCUUCCUCUUUUUCUGAUUUAAAUUCGUCGUGAAGUUACCGAAUUAGAGAGAAAAGUGACGGAGUGAGCAAUGAACACUCCGCAGUUUUAUGAACGCCAGGAAUUCAAUAUGGAAAUCGGUUAUUUUGUAUUUUCGCAAAUUCGCAUUGAAAUUACUUAAAAAAUUAACGUAAUUAUGUAUAAAAUACUUCUUUUUUUUUAUCCACGGACAAAUUGUGCAUCAAAGAUACAAUUAAUAAACCGUGACGAUGUACGUAAAAUCAAAAUUAAAUUGCAUUUGGAAAUAACCGAGGUGGCAAUACGAAUUCAUAAAAUUUAAUAUUGCAUAAUACCGAUUAAUGAGAGUAAUUUGGUUCAUAAAGGUGUGUGAGAUUGAUUUUUUCGACGCUGUAAAUGAAUGCUCGUCCGCACUUUCUCUGUAUAUUUCGUGUUGUGAUACUAUUCGCUGUAAAACGUAUUCUCAAUUGGUGAUAUAUAUAUAUAUUGUAACGAUUACUUGUAAUAAAAAUAAAUCUGAUUAACUGAGUUAUCGUCACUGACUCACUUUUUCGUAGACUUA